CCUUUUUUUUAUCCUUGAACUGAACCAAAAAAAAAAAAAUGAAGCAACGUUUCAAUGCUUUGGACGUCCGUUCGACAGUUAUGAACCUUAAAGAAAGGCUGAUUGGUAUCCGUUUACAAAAUGUAUAUGACGUGAAUGCCAAAACGUUCUUAUUCAAAUUUGCCAAGCCUGAUGAUAAGGAGCUCGUUUUAGUCGAGUCAGGUACUCGUAUUCAUACAACACAGUUUAGUCGAGAGAAAUCUGACAUGCCAUCACCUUUUUGUGCAAAGCUUCGUAAAUGCCUUCGUACUCGUAGGUUGACCAAUGUACGACAGCUUGGUGUGGAUCGUAUUGUCGAUUUUGAAUUUGCUGGUGGUGAAAAGAGUCUAGGAUAUCACAUUAUUUGUGAAUUCUACGCUUCUGGCAACAUCAUUUUGACGGAUCAUGAAUAUCGCAUAUUGGCAUUACUCCGUACUGUCCAACCAACUGAGACGUUGAAGAUGGCAGUAGGCGAGAUUUACAAUAUCAAGUCAGUCUUGACCGACUUUAAAAAGGUGGAUUCUAAUGAAUUGAAGGAAGCAUUAUCAGCAGCUGGACCAAAAGACAACUUGAAGAAGAUACUCAACAUUAAAUUCGAGUAUGGCCCUGCUAUGGUUGAACAUAUUAUUAUGGAAUCUGAAUUGGAUCCAAACAUGAAAGUUGCUUCUGAUUUUGAUACGUCUGAAAACUCACCUAUGAUGCAUGCACUACUUGAGGGAUUCAAAAAGGCAGAUGAUAUGAUUCAAUCAACGAAAAAUGCUGUUCCUAAGGGUUACAUUAUUCUAAUGGAUGACAAAAGGUCAAGCGAUGAUAAGGAAGGCGCAAUGGAAAUCUAUGAUGAAUUUCACCCAUUUUUGUACAAGCAAUUCACUCAUCGAAAAUUCAAGGAGUAUCCUACUUUUGAUAUGGCCGUAGACGAGUUUUUCUCAUCAAUUGAAGCACAGAAGCUUGAGCUGAAGACUCGUAAACAAGAAGAAGCUGCAUUAAAGAAAUUGGAAGCAGUCAAACAAGAACAAGAGAAGAGAGUGGAAACUUUGCUUAAUCAACAGCUUACCAACACGCGUAAAGCCGAACUUAUUGAACUCAAUCUUCAAUAUGUUGAUGCUGCUAUCACGAUUAUUCGAAACGCAGUUGCAAGUCAAAUGGAUUGGCAAGAUUUGAAUGAUUUAGUCAAGGAAGAAAAGAGAAGAGGCAAUCCUAUUGCUUUGCUAAUUGAUACUCUAAAGUUGGAAACUAAUCAAAUAACAUUGGUUCUGACUGAUCCUGAUUAUCAUGAAGAGAGUGAAAAUGAAGACGAAGAAGAAAAACCAAAGGAAACAUUCAAAGUUGAUGUCGAUAUUGGUUUGACAGCGUUUGCAAAUGCUAGAAAAUACUAUGAGCAAAAGAAAUCAACGGCAUCAAAACAUGAAAAAACAAUCGUAGCAUCCACUAAGGCUUUAAAAUCUGCUGAACGAAAGAUUCGACAAGAUCUCAAAGAAACCAAGAUUACUGCCACAAUCAACAAGAUUAGAAAACCGUUUUGGUUUGAAAAGUUCCAAUGGUUUAUAUCUACAGAAGGAUACCUUGUUAUUGCCGGUCGUGAUAUGCAACAAAACGAGAUGCUGGUUAAACGUUAUCUUUCAAAGGACGAUGUUUAUGUUCACGCUGACCUCCAUGGAGCUGCUAGUGUGGUUGUCAAGAAUAAGCCUCAAGCUAAUGGUCAACCCAUAUCUCCUAGUACGCUUUAUCAAGCCGGUAUCAUGUCUGUUUGUCAAAGUAAAGCCUGGGAUUCCAAGAUUGUCACUAGCGCUUACUGGGUUUACCCAGAUCAAGUAUCAAAGUCUGCACCUACUGGUGAGUAUUUGACGACGGGUAGUUUCAUGAUUCGUGGCAAGAAGAACUUUUUGCCUCCUGUCCAGCUUGUCUACGGUUUUGGUUAUUUAUUCAAAUUGGAUGAAUCCUCUAUUGGUAAUCAUAUCAAACCUGCAAAAGAAAACGACCUAUCCACUGAAUAUGACGAUGAUGUACUUGAGCCUGAGCAAUCUGCCAAGGUAGAUAGUAUUGAAGAAACAGACAAGUCCGAUGUUGCUGAAAAGUCCAAAGAAGCAGAACCUAACGCGUCAUCAGAUAUUUCUAUAUUCAACAGCGAAAAAUCUGUCAACGAAGAAGAUAGUUCUUCUGAUGAUGAUAAUAGUGAUGACAGCAGCAGCAGUAGUAGCAGCGAUGAUGAAAGCGCCUUCCCUGAUACCAAGCUUCAAUCGUUGCCAUUAUCCAAUCACGAAAACAUUCCUGAUGCUAGUAAAUAUGCCCUGGACGAAUACGGACAUGACUCUGAUGAAGAUCAAACCUCAUCUGCACCUGAUAGCGAUAAGGCUCAGGCAAAAAAGAGGUUUAUUACCGCUAAAGAAAGACGUUUGAUGAAGAAGCAAAAUGCAACAGAAAUAACCGAGGAAAUAAGACUAAAGCAGCAAAAGCAACAACAAAAGCAGCAGAAUAACGGCAAACAAAAGCAACAGACUCCCGCUAAGCCCAAUGUGACUACACCUCCUUCAUCUACGCGUGGACGUAAAGGCAAGGCUAAGAAGAUCAAGGAAAAAUAUGCUGAUCAAGAUGAGGAAGAAAGACAACUUCGUAUGGAAUUACUUGGAUCCAACAAAGGCCCACAACCCAAAGGCAAAAAAGCUAAACGUGAGGCAAAGGCAAAGGCGGAGAAGGCAGCCUUGGAGAAAGAACGCGCUCGAAAGGAGGCUGAAGAAAAGGCGCGAUUAGCACAGAGUCAGAAAGAAGAAGAAGAAAAAGAAAAUGACGAGCCACUGGAAGUAGGUGAAGAAAAAGACACUGACGUUAUUCGACAAUUGCUCAAGGAAGAGAAUAUUACUAUGUUGGAAGCUGAUGAAAUUGCAAAUCUCUCUGCUUUGGAUUCUUUGACAGGCAAUCCUCUACCGGAAGAUAUUCUUCAUUUUGCUAUACCUGUUUGCGCUCCUUAUCCAGCUAUACAAAAAUAUAAAUAUAAAGUAAAGCUAACACCAGGUUCAUUGAAACGUGGAAAAGCUGUUAAACAAGCACAAUCUGUAUUCCUUACCCUAUCAGAUGCAUCUGCUCGUGAAAAAGAGCUAAUCAAAGGUGUCGCUGAUAUGGAAAACAUCAAUACAAUGAUGAGUAAAGUCAAAGUGUCUGCACCCAAUCUUGAAACAAGCAAGCGAAAGAAAGGAAGUGGCCGAAAGUAAUUUGUAUAAAUCCGUAACCUUAGAUUUUGUAACUAUAUUUAAUAAAAGAAAAAGUAAUAGACUGAAGAUACGUAUGUAAAGAAGAUUA